AUCCGUCUCAGAGUCAUUAUUCACUCAUCCUCCUUUUGCCAUCACUCGUCACUUUCCCUCCAUCACCUUAAUUGUUCCACUUCUACAUCUGUGCUUCCUCGUGAACCACUUGCUUCAUUUUCCCAGUUUCAGUUGGUUUGGCUCUGAGUAGUCGCACACCGCCAUGCAUGGCUUACAGGAAUGGACAUGUUGUCCUGUCCUGAGCUCAGGACCUGCACAGCUUUACUAGCACCACUCCAUCUGUAUCUCUGAGCCUGCACUGGUUUGUCUGGAAGUUUGAGUUCUCCACCUUGAACCCUCAGUACAUGUCCUAAUAUCUCUGAGCGUCAUCGUGGACGUGAGCAGCUUACCGCUGCAUGAGAAACGACUCUGUGAUGUUUUAAGUUGAUGCAUAUUGUGCCGAUGCCUUCUUGCUAAAGCUUUAAAUGUCUGUUUGUCCUUCGUUAACUCUGUCAGUGUUGCAUGACUUUAGAUGCAGAUGUGAACUUUUGCUGACUGGCGCGUGGUGACACACUGCUCUGGUUUUAUGGAAGACCAGCACUGCCAGAAUAAAAAUGAACCCCAUUUUCAUCAGUGAUGGAAGAAAACAUGCUGCCAAAAUGAAAACUAUGAUUAAAGUUUCACACCCUGUGAUAAGCUCUGUAGCGUUAUUAAGAUCCUAUUGUCCUCUUCUGAUUAUAAUAUCUGGACCUAAUAAAUGUGUAAGAAUAUACAACUAUAUUCCACUACAGCUCUUAUCGAUUAUAGAGCUCCGGACGUCACAUGACUUUCAGAGAGUAGACGCCAUGUUGGCAGGCAACAAAUGUAAACAAAAUGAACGGGAUCGGCUUGGAUUUUACUUCGUCGGAGUUUACUUCACACUUUGAAACCAAAGAAAUCGUUUUAUACAGUCAGAAAUUAAAUAGACGAAACAUCUCCGACCCUUGCCGUGCCCCUGGGAUACUUUUUAAAAACGCCAGAAGCUGUCGUAGCGGACUUCUUACCGGACCUGGCCAGGGAACGCCUUGGGAUUCCCCCGGAGGAGCUGGCCCAAGUGGCUGGGGAGAGGGAAGUCUGGGCCUCUCGACUUAGGCUACUGCCCCCGCAACCCAACUCUGGAUAAGCGGAUGAAAAUGGAUGGAUGGACAAAUAACAUAGAUUUACAUGUAAGUAGUUUAAAUAGAGUGCAGUGCUGUUUGAAUGUAUAAACUGAACUCCAAGAGAAAUCACUAGUCAGAUUUUUUUCUGUGAAUAAAAUAAAUGUGUCAGGCAGGAGCGUCUCAGGAUCUGUCUGAGAUCUGACUCGGUGAGACAGAUAAUAGCAAUCCAAAGUGCUUUUUAUGUGUGAUCUGACAAUUGAUCAACCAUUGCUUAAAAAUUAAAUACAGCUUAGCCGGUUAGUUGCUGUGAUCAUAAAACACGUAAACGGCAGCACGCUGAACUCACGAGGCAACGUUUUACGUGAUGUUUACUUGUUGCUAUGAGUAAUAAGACGGAAAAAGCCCCGCCAUAAUAAGUUUAGGAAGCCCACUAAGAAUCGUAAUAAAAGCAUUUAAAAUAAAUACCAUACACAGUUGAGGAAACGUUGGUUUAAGUACCUGAUAUGAAGCGGUCGCUGCAUAAGCGAAAACCUUUACUCUCGGGAUCCCACAGCUUCAUUUCAGCCCGGUCACUAGCGCGUUUUAUUACAAUGAUCCAACGUUUGCGGCGCUCCGGAUCUUGGGGAAUCCUGUAGAUGGCUCAUUCCUUAUGUCGUCCGCGUCUGUUCUGCAUACUGGGGCACAACAGGAAUCUACCAUAUUUCCCAUUUGAUUGAGUUUUCUGACAAUAGCCAAUAGUCUAGCUGCGGGCUUCUGCCUGCAAUUAUGGCGCCGUUUCGAUUUGAACUGUUGCAUGCCGGGAGAAGUGACGUCAACUCCCGGAGCUCUAUUGAUGCCUGUUGUGUUCCUAUCAUCCUGAUUCUGCACCAAGUAGUCAGAAGCUAAUGCAAAGACCUAGUUUGGACUUCGUACAGACGUGGUCUGGACCGACAGACGUGGUCUGGACCGACAGACUCAAUAUAUACACGAUCUGCACGUCCAUGUGACGUUGACUGCAGGGAAGUGAUGUUAGCAGGUAUCUGUGUCUCCAGAUGGAGCAUUAUUUCAAAUUUUGACUUUUUAUUUGGUCAAAGCGCUUCUAAAACAGCAUUCCAUAAUGCCUUCUUCCUGGUUUUUAAUUAGAGAACAACUUCUGCUCAUCUAUGACGUAAAAUACAGAUUUUUACAAGAGCUACAUGUUUACGUUCUCAUAAACAUUUUUUUAUAUUUUUUUUAUUUAUUUUUUUUUCAAGUUUUGAAAAGACCAAAUGAGUUAACGGGACACUUGGCUGUUUUGCUAGUGUCCAUUUAACUCACUUUGAUUAAACUGAAAGUGAAACUUAUCUCCUUGUGCGUUUGUCUUUUUAACACCUUUAUCUAACAGCUGAAAUGUCUCCCCAGCCUUCAUUAGUGUCUAGAGGAGUGAUUCAUCACUAAGUCAAACAAACAGCUGGGUUCAUGAUCUAAAACAUGCUGGAACCAGACUUCAGCUCCACUCCACAUACCAGUGUGGUGUUCUGGCUACAGGGGCGGUGGGGUCUGAGUGACACUUAACCCUUUAACGGGUUAUUUAAAGGGACAUUAUGUAAGUUUGACAGCCAAAACAUGUAUAGAAAUAAUAAAUGUCUUCUUCAUACAUUCUCCUGCAAUGCCCUGGUCCUGUAGAAUGAGCCCUGGCAUUUUUACUGUGAUUGCCUGUUUUUCUGUAAAAUCACAGAAAAAGAGAGAUGCUCGGGUCGAGCAGGCUGCUUCAUGCGCGUUCACGCUCAGGCAUCGCCCGUAGCAUUUGCUAUCCGUAGCUUUAGCAGCAGAGAGAGAGGCAGUGCCACUUUGUCGCUGUUCCUAACGCCUAGUGACAAAGCUAGCUACAUUUCUGAGGACCCUUAGCUACUUUCUGUAGAACUUUCUUCUAGAUAUUUCCUGCUAAUUAGCAACAAAAUAGACAUUUUCGCUCCGAACCGUUCUUUGGUUUGACGUUGUUUCAGCUGUCAUCAACGAUAUAAAUGUUACAGAUACAUCAAAUGUUACUAGAGUGUAGCUCACCUUGUAGAGGUGAACAUAGUUUAUUUAGAGUGAAUUUUUUACAUUAAUGGUAUUUUUUUUUACAGUAAAAUGCCCAAAUUUUUAUGUGAGACUUGCCGAACGGCAUUGAAUUCACAGAUAAAAAAGAUGUGGGUUCAACUUUCAUUUUGGAACAAUUUUUCAAGCAAGGGAAGGGAAUGAUCUGAGCAUGUCGGCUGUGCUGAAGAGAAAGGUACAGAACCAAAUUAUUUCAUUAAUUAGCUGCGCGUUCUCCUGUCCUCUGUCCUCCGGGCCACACACACACACACACACACACACACACAAGGGACGGUCUCAGCUGUUAUUUUCGUGAAGGAGUGUGCACGUACAGCAUGCGCGCCUCGUGCACGAGCCUACUAUUGAAGCUGCCAUUACGCUUUUGGCCUGAGGGGGCAAUCGCGAGCAUAAAAAUUCACAACUCCGUAAAGUCCCUUUAAAGGCUUGACCUCGUAAAGGGUAAUGCUAGCGCAAACUGGCUCAAGAAGGUUAUUUAAAAAUAUGAAAAAGUUGCAUAAAAUCCUUUUUAAGGUUCUACCGUGCCCGCUGACACAUUUCUACAUUUGAGUGUUCUUUUUAGUUUAAGUACAAAGUCAGUAGUAAGUUUAAACCUUACAGAAAUGAAAUGACGUUUCUAAACAACUGUGGAAAAUAAUUAUAAAUCAUUCAAAUCAAAAAUGAGCUGAAGGUGGUUCUGGUUAGUUUUUAUUGUGGCAGUCCGAGUCGUUAAAACAUUAAAAUGAUUACAGAUCAUUAGUCUUUAUGAAUGGUGUUGAUUAGAACAACCAGAGGCCCGCUGUCAUUUACAUCCAUACAUAUGUACUUAUGUGCACAUGUAUGUGUUGGUGUUGUGCGUAUGCACAUUUAUGUAUACAUGUUUAUGCAGGCAGAGUUUAGCAGCAUGAUGCAGCCGCGUAGCUUCGCUUUGCAACAGUGGAAGCUUUUGAUGUCUAAAGUUGUGUAACCAUCUCGUUGGUCACUGUGUUCUUCACACUUUUGUAAACCACUUUUUCACGUUAAAUCGGACCAACACUCACAGAAUGGCAAGAGUGGAUUCACCCCGCUGCAUAUUGCUGCUCACUACGGGAACGUCAACGUCGCCACGCUCCUGCUCAACCGCGGGGCGGCUGUCGAUUUCACAGCCAGAAAUGGCAUCACUCCUCUUCAUGUGGCAGCCAAGCGAGGCAACACUAACAUGGUGCGCCUGCUGCUGGACCGAGGCUCCCAGAUCGACGCUAAAACCCGGGACGGUCUGACUCCGCUUCACUGUGCAGCUCGGAGUGGACAUGAAACAGCCGUGGAGCUGCUGCUGGAGAGAGGAGCGCCUCUGCUGGCCAGGACCAAGAACGGGCUCUCCCCUCUACACAUGGCUGCACAAGGUGACCACGUCGAAUGCGUCAAACACCUUUUGCAGCACAAGGCUCCUGUUGACGAUGUUACGCUGGACUACCUGACGGCGCUGCAUGUGGCGGCCCACUGUGGACACUACAGAGUCACCAAACUGCUGCUAGAUAAGAGAGCCAGUCCCAACGCCAGGGCACUGAACGGCUUCACUCCGCUGCACAUAGCCUGUAAGAAGAACCGAGUGAAAGUGAUGGAACUGCUGGUCAAAUAUGGAGCUUCUAUCCAGGCCAUCACAGAAUCGGGUCUGACUCCCAUCCACGUGGCAGCUUUCAUGGGUCACUUGAACAUCGUCCUGCUGCUGCUGCAAAACGGAGCCUCACCGGAUGUCAGCAACAUUCGUGGAGAAACAGCCUUACACAUGGCAGCCAGGGCGGGUCAGGUGGAGGUGGUCAGAUGUCUGCUGAGGAACGGAGCUAUGGUGGAUGCACGAGCGCGGGAGGACCAGACUCCCCUUCACAUUGCAUCCCGUCUGGGUAAAACGGAGAUCGUGCAGCUGCUGCUGCAGCACAUGGCCCAUCCUGAUGCCGCCACAACCAACGGCUAUACCCCGCUCCACAUCUCAGCCAGGGAGGGGCAGGUGGAGACCGCCUCAGUCCUGCUGGAGGCUGGAGCAUCACACUCACUAGCCACCAAGAAAGGUUUCACUCCCCUGCAUGUUGCAGCCAAGUAUGGAAACCUGGACGUGACCAAACUCCUGCUGCAGCGUUGUGCCCCUCCUGAUUCUGCUGGAAAGAACGGCCUCACGCCUCUCCAUGUCGCAGCACAUUAUGAUAACCAGAAGGUGGCGCUCCUGCUGCUGGACAAAGGAGCGUCACCACACACCAUGGCUAAGAACGGCUACACUCCCCUGCACAUCGCAGCUAAGAAGAACCAGAUGGAUAUUGCUGCAGUGCUGCUGCAGUACGGCGCAGAGACCAACAUCCUGACCAAGCAGGGUGUCACUCCCCUUCAUCUGGCCGCCCAGGAGGGCCACGCAGACAUGGCUGCUCUGCUGAUCAGCAAGGGGGCACAAAUCAACGUCCCCACCAAGAGUGGCCUGACUGCCCUCCAUCUGGCAGCCCAGGAGGAUAAAGUAUCUGUGGCUGAGAUCCUCACCAAGAACGGAGCCAGCCUGGACCAGCAGACCAAGCUGGGCUACACUCCGCUAAUUGUGGCAUGUCACUAUGGUAACGCAAAGAUGGUCAACUUCCUGCUUCAGAAUGGAGCCAGUGUGAACGCCAAGACCAAGAAUGGAUACACUCCUCUUCACCAAGCAGCCCAGCAAGGAAACACACACAUCAUCAAUGUUCUCCUGCAACACGGUGCCAAGCCCAAUGCUAUUACCGUGAAUGGUAACACAGCGUUGGGAAUUGCUCGUCGACUGGGCUACAUCUCAGUGGUGGACACUCUGAGGGUCGUCACCGAGGAAAUCAUAACCACAACAACGACAGUGACAGAGAAGCACAAGUUGAACGUACCAGAAACCAUGACUGAAGUGCUGGACGUUUCUGAUGAGGAGGCAUGGAAAACCAUUGAUGAUGAUGCCACCACAGAUGAAGAAGGUGAGGACACUAUGACUGGAGAUGGAGGAGAGUAUCUGAGGGCCGAGGACCUGCGAGAGCUAGGAGAUGAUUCCCUUCCAGGACAAUACCUGGAUGGGAUGAACUACCUCCGCUUCAGUCUAGAGGGGGGGCGCAUGGACAGCUCAGACAGGUCCUUCACCCCCACCCACCACGGCUACUCGCCUCGAUAUGAAGGCGCGAUGGACGAGAUGCUCACCAGUCACCAGGUUUCAUCGCUCACCAGGGAGAGUGACAGGGAUUCUUACCGACUGAGUUGGGGCACUGAGAACUUGGAUAACGUGGCUUUGCCUUCCAGCCCCAUCCAUUCUGGCCGUUCCUCUCCUUGCCAUGAUCAUGGAGACCACAGCAGCUUUCUGGUCAGCUUCAUGGUGGAUGCCAGGGGCGGAGCUAUGCGGGGCUGUCGGCACAACGGCCUCCGCAUCAUCAUUCCACCAAAGAAAUGCAGCGCACCAACUCGGAUCACCUGUCGGCUGGUGAAAAGGCACCGUCUGGCCACCAUGCCCCCCAUGGUAGAAGGUGAGGGCCUGGCCAGCAGGCUGAUUGAAGUCGGACCCUCAGGAGCCCAGUUUCUUGGUAAACUUCACCUCCCCACUGCCCCCCCACCUCUUAAUGAGGGAGAGAGUUUGGUUAGCAGAAUCCUCCAGCUUGGUCCACCAGGGACAAAGUUCCUUGGCCCCGUCAUCGUGGAGAUCCCACACUUUGCCUCCCUCCGAGGGAAGGAGCGGGAGCUGGUGAUCCUUAGAAGUGAGACGGGAGAGAGCUGGAAGGAGCAUCACUGUGAGCACACUCCAGAGGAGCUCAACCAGAUACUCAACGGCAUGGACGAGGAGUUGGACAUGCCCGAAGAGCUGGAGAGGAAACGCAUUUGCAGAAUAAUCACCAAAGACUUUCCGCAGUACUUUGCUGUAGUUUCACGCAUCAAGCAGGACAGUAAUUUGAUUGGUCCAGAGGGAGGCAUCCUAAGCAGCACAGUUGUGCCACAAGUACAGGCAGUGUUUCCUGAGGGGGCACUCACCAAAAGGAUCAGAGUCGGCCUACAGGCUCAGCCAGUGAGUGUGGAUGUAGUGAGGAAGAUCCUGGGUAACAAGGCCAGCUUCAGCCCCAUUGUCACCCUGGAGCCCCGCAGGAGGAAGUUCCAUAAACCCAUCACAAUGACCAUCCCGAUCCCUAAAAGCAACUCUGACCCAGUCCUUAAUGGUUUUGGAGGGGACACACCCACAUUACGACUGCUCUGUAGUAUAACUGGUGGAACCACACCUGCCCAGUGGGAGGAUAUAACUGGGACCACUCCUUUAACCUUCAUCAACGACUGUGUCUCCUUCACCACCAACGUGUCUGCUAGGUUCUGGCUCAUAGACUGUCGACAAGUCCAGGAAUCUGUUAACUUCUCCACUCAGGUCUACAGAGAAAUCAUCUGUGUGCCCUACAUGGCUAAAUUUGUGAUCUUUGCCAAGACCCAUGACCCUAUUGAGGCUCGGCUACGCUGCUUCUGCAUGACAGACGACAAGAUCGAUAAAACGCUCGAGCAGCAGGAGAACUUCACUGAGGUGGCACGCAGCCGUGAUGUGGAGGUUCUGGAAGGUAAACCCAUCUACGCAGACUGCUUUGGAAAUCUGGUUCCACUCACCAAAAGCGGCCAGCACCACGUCUUCAGCUUCUUUGCCUUUAAAGAGAACAGACUAGCUCUCUUCAUCAAAAUCCGAGACAACACUCAGGAGCCAUGCGGCCGACUCUCAUUUAUGAAGGAACCCAGAAAUUUCAGAUCCCUCGUGCAAAACGCCAUCUGCAACCUCAAUAUCACCCUCCCAUCCUACUGCAAGGAGUCUGAUUCAGACCAGGAUGAAGAGAACGGCGGGACGUCUGACAGAUACGGAGACACGGCGACAUCCGUCCUGAAAUCUGACCUGAUUCGAGAACCAGAUCUUCUUUCUGACGUGUCGGAGAUGAAACAGGAUUUGAUUAAAAUGACGGCCAUCUUGACUACAGACACAGUAGAGAAAUCCCAUUCCAUAAGAGGAUGUGGUUUAGAAAAAGGAACUGUGGAAGUUUCUGGAGAACCUUUAGAAAUCAUGGAGAAAGACCUUGAGAAAGUUAAAGAGGACUUAGAGAAAGUCAGUGAAAUCCUGAGGAGUGGAACCUAUCAGGGUGAGACGUCAGAGGAGAGAGCAGCUAGUAUGGCUGAGGAGUGGGUUCUCCUUACAGACGCUGAGAUAGAGGAGGCUAAAAAAAUGGCUGCCAAAGAAGUUCAGGAGCCUGUCUUACGUGAAAGUAGGCCCAACAGAGGGGCACCCAGACCAAAAGCCAUCAAGGACAGUGGUGACCUUAAAGAAUACCUUCUGGACGCUCCAGUAAGCUCCAAAGGAAAAGCUAAAAAAGACACAAGUAGCCAUGAAAAAUUCACUGAUGUGGUCCUUCGCAAAAGCACUAAACCAACCACUCCAACCAAAGUUCAUGACAAACCAGUGACUGCAAACAUUAAAAAGCCAAUGAGGAAGAAGGGGAGGGACCAGGAACAGGCAGAUGGUUCAGCAGGGGCUCUUCUCUGUGUGCCCACGACUCCUGCUCCAGGAUCACCUAAGUCUCCAGUGAUUGAAGAAACUCCGAUUGGCUCAAUAAAGGACAAGGUCAAAGCCUUACAACAAAAACUAGAGGCAGAACAAAAGAGCAAAAAGCUUACAGGAAGCAAAUCCUCACAACUGCCUGUUAAGAGUAAACCUUCCCCAAAAUCCAAGGAAAGCCCCAAAUCAAAGCCUGCACCCCCCAAGUCCCCCAAAGCUGAAUCUGAAAAACUUGAGGAGACCAUGUCAGUUAAAGAACUGAUGCAAGCCUUCCAAACAGGGCAGGAUCCUUCAAAAAGAAAGUCUGGCCUAUUUGAGCUCAAAAAGACUACAUCAGUGUCAGAGAAAGCCACCAAAUCUGAAAACGUUGAGUCAACGGCCAUGACCCAAACUAUAACCUCAAAGGUUUUAAAAGUUCAACAAGUUUCAUUGGAUUCCAAACCUGUACAAAAAGAGACCACUCUGCAAGACAAAGAAAAAGAAACCCAGUCAGCUCCUCACUCUGACCCAACUCAAACAAUAGACUUUGGAAAUGGUGGUCUCGAUGAUAGCUCUGAUAGCGGUAAACAUGAGGGUGUGGCAGACUCACUGAGUGCCAGUUCUGGAAACGGAACCCCUCACUUGAGCUCGGAGGACAGUUACAAACAUGAAGGACUGGCCACUCCAAGCACAAGUCCUGAGAGUCUGUCUGGACAGCAGACUGAUACAGCUUCGGCAUCAGCUGCCACAUACUUAAAAGAGGCAGAGAAGUCUGGAGACUCAGGUUUAGGGACCUCUGGUGAUCAGCUGUCCACAGAACUGACCCUUCCUGUCUCUUCCAGCAAGGCUGCAGAUGACCACACAACAAGUGAGUCUAUAUCUGUUAGGAUGAGUGAGUCUAAGCCAUCAAAACCUCAGAAGCUCACAAAGAGAGUUUCAGAAACGGUAGAAACAUUUCUUAGUGAUGAUGACGAUAGCCCUGAUCAUCAGUUAGCUCUGUCGUUUGCUGGACCAGUUUCUACGUCUCCCUCUCAAGAUCACAAAGGUUUUGACCUGCCUUUAAAAACACAAGAAUCAGAUGCACUCAGUCCAGUAGCGGAUGAUUCUUUGACAAUAAGCCACAGAGACUCUCUAGAGGCUAGUCCUAAUUUGGAAGAAGAUUCUUCCCAUAAGUCCCCAGACUCCAUUGAACCCAGCCCAACCAGGGAAUCACCUCCUCAUGAUUCACUGGAGAGCAGCCCCGUCGAGCAGAAAUGCCACCUAUCCUUCCAAUCAAUGCUAGAUCCCAGUAGCACCUCUAGCCACCCAGAAUCCUCACAAGCUGCAGACUUCCCCCAAGAUGUUUUGCGUGGUAGACACCUUCGAGACCAUGAGGCUAGUGCCGAUGAUGACAGUUGUGAGCAGACAUCCCAGAUGACAAGUUCCGGUAAGAGCCCUCUCUCCCCUGAAACUCCUAGUUCUGAAGAGGUAAGUUAUGAGGUGAACCCUCGACCCCCUGACUAUACAUUGCUCUGUGUUUCAUCCAAAUCGGCUGUUAUCCCUGAACACCCAGAAGAAGAGGAUACAACAGACAACAACAGAGCUAUAAGAAAGAUCACUCCAGAGGAGGAAAUGUUUAAGAUGGCUGCCAAAAUAAAAACAUUUGAUGAGAUGGAACAAGACAUGAAGACCAAAAAGAAGUCUCGAGACGAUUUGUCUCCUUCAGCAGAUGAGAAAAUGGGGGAUAACAGCCGUGAAAAAAUAACGCCCAGCAGGGAGAGCCUUUCACAAAGUCAAAGUCGGCUCUUUAGACCUACAGAAGAUUCAAAGUUAGCUCUUAUAAUUGAUCCCGGUAAUAAAGUACAACCUCCCUCUCCUUUUUCAGCAGGUUUGCAUGAUGGCACCCACAGCAAAGAAGGCGAGAGCACAACAGCCACUGUUACUUCAGAGGGACCUCACUCUGUCUCAGACAAGCAUCGUUCAAAACCCAAUCUGAAAUUUGCACCUGAAGAAGUUGUCUCCUCAUCUACCGAAACGAAUACAAUCACUUGUGGAAAAAGAACAUCAGCAGCUACCGGUGAAAACAGAACUGAUGAGCAAAAACAGGAAAGUUUAAUUAAGUCGAGAGAAAAUAAAGGCGAUAAUGAAGAUUAUCAGAAGUUAGGUGUUAGCAUGGUUAAGCCUGGGAUACAGAAAACAAGUAGCAAUGUUACAGAUGAGGUCAAAGGAAACAACUGGGGGCAGGCAGGUGCGUCAGAGGCUGACCUCUGUACAGCUGUUGCCACAGAUCAAACCAAAUUAGAGGUUAGUCUUUACAAUGCAGAAGACGAAGAUGAGGCGCUGGAUCUUCCCAGGACAGAAUCAAAAGGGGUCACUGCAAAGGUUGACACUGAAUCAUGGUCCUCCAUGAGAGAGGACGAUGCAACUUUUGCAGCCCGUCUAAAAGACAAGGAACAGAAGGUUCUGAAUCUGGUGGUGGAUCGUCAGUCUCUGCAAGCAACUCCAGACACCACUCCCGGUAGAACGCCAACAGAAGAGAGCACUCCAACCAGUGAGCCCAAUCCUUUUCUUUUCCAAGAAGGGAAGCUUUUUGAGAUGACUCGAAGUGGUGCCAUUGACAUGACUAAAAGAAGCUAUGAGGAGGAGGAGGCUGGCUUUGCUUUUUUUCAGAUAGGUGAACAGCUUGUAGAGGAACCUGCCUUAGAAGAGGUCAGACAAGAAGGUAGAUCAGCAGCAGAAUCAGCAAUAGGACUAAAUUUAACAAUAGAGCUUCAAACUGAGGAAAAUGAGAAAAAAGAUCAAACUGAUCCCGAACCUCAGGUCCCUGAAGGACCUGACGGAGAUCCAGUAGGCUCUAAAACAGAUGUUGCCAAGUCUAAAAUUCCUAAAAUGGGUAUUUUAGCUUCAGCCAAACCUCCUAAGAAAGAUCAGACGACCCUUGCACCUCUUGAGGCUAAAACAGACAAACAUGUAAAUGAAGGCUCUGUUGAUUUGGACAAAAGUUUCUCUGAACAAACAUUGACAAAUGUCCAAACUGCAGAAACAACAGUCACUAGAUCCGUUUACUCUGAGCAAGGCCAAGAGUCUUCUGAUUCCUCACCAGAAGAGUCUAAAUCAGUAGUAGAGGCCCCCAAAACAACAGACAAGUCUAAACAAACUGCUUCUCAUAGUGUUAAGAAGACUCAGAGCACAGUCAAAACACAAGCUAAGUCUGCUUCUCAGGGUCGAGGAAAGUCUAUGAUCCCUUCGCCAUCCCAUGCAACGCCCUCCACAUCCACUCCUAAAAAAGAGGCCACCUUCACUUCAGAAUCCAAAUCCAGGAUUCCCAUCAAGGCUGGUACCAUCAAGUCUGAGUCUUCUGUCAAACGAACAGAAUCAAUUCCAGAAAAAAAGAAUAUGGUUCCUGUUAAAAAAGGUACAAGGAGAAAAUCUGAGACAGAUGCAGGUCCAUCCUUAGAUGUCCGAACCAAGACAUCAUCUUCCAAAGCCAAGAGCUUCUGUGAAGGGGAAUCUAUUAAGUCAUCUCCCAAAAAAGUUCUGGGUCGUCCCUUAAAUGUCGAGUCUGCAAGAUCCAAAGGUUUUCAGUCCAGGUUGCCUGUCCGGGGCAAAAGUGGUCAGUCAUCUCCUUCAGCUACACCCAGUAAAGACAAAAGCAAACCACAGAAAGAGUCCAUUGAGUUUUUUGAAGAGAUAAGUGAUGAAGCUGCCAAACUGGUGGCAAGGUUGACCCAAACGAAGGCAGAGAAGGAGGAAGAAGCUGUUGCUGCCUUCUCGGAUGAUGAUAGCAGUCUCAUUGAUCCAUCAAUCAUAGAAAGAGAAACUUUCCCAGAGCUGCGCUUUCCACCCUCAGGAGACAUCUUUCCCAUUAGACCACUGUGGGACGACCCUGUUGAGACACAGAUGCAGCGAAUUCCAGAUGAUAAAGUCCAAUGUCAAGUAGAUCCGCAGGAUGAAGCAGAGAGAAAAGAGCAACGAUUGGCCAUUAUAGCGGACCACCUGGGCUUCAGCUGGACAGAGUUGGCAAGAGAGUUGGACUUCAGUGAGGAGAAGAUCAACACAAUAAGGGCUGAAAACCCCGACUCACUCCAAGACCAAAGCCAUGCUCUCCUGAAACUCUGGAGUGAAAGGGAGGAGCAUUAUGCCACAGAAGCAACACUUACCACGAGACUCACAAAAAUUAAUCGAAUGGACAUUGUUCACCUUAUUGAAACCAAACUGAACAAAUCCACUGAUGAGACAACAUCACAUACCUACGCAGAAAUCGAACAGACCAUGGCUCUGGACCAUAGUGAAGGUUUUUCUGCCCUCCAUGAAGACAUUGACAGUCCUGGACCAAGCAGACGUAAAGAAGUUAAAGGGAGAAUUCCAGUUUCAGGGCAAGCCGUACCCAUGGUGUCCGCUGAAGAGCUGUCCUCAAGUUUGUCUUCAAUUCACGAGACGUCGGGACGAAUCGAAACAGGCUCAAAUGCAACAGGUCCUCUCACAAGUGUCCAGAAAGAAAAACAGAUGGAGACGGAAGGAAGGACGGAAACAACAUACUCAUCUCAGAGAAUACACAAGGAAGUGACAGACUCAGAACAGUUGGGAAGUUAUAAGCAAGAGUUAGCAGAGGAGCUAGGGAUGCCGUCUUCUGAUAGCUCAGAGGAGGAGGUGCUGACUACCAGGGUGGUCCGACGCAGAAUAAUCAUCCAGGCAGAUCAUCUGCCAGACAUCCCCCCACGGACCAUCACCGAGGAGAAGUACACAGAUGAGCAUGGAAACAUGGUGGUGAAGAAGAUCACACGGAAGGUUAUCCGUAAAUACGUGUCUCCAGAUGGCUCUGAAACACAGGAUGUGACCAUCGAGGGCUCUCACCAGGAGAGUGUGGCCGUAGAAGAGGGAGACAGGGUGUCCAGAGUGGUGAAGAGGACCGUGCUUCACAGUGAGGGAGAGCAAAAAGAGCUGACCUUCUCUGAACCUCUGGCCCUGGGCUCUGCCACCGCGUCAGAGUUUGAGGUGGAGCCUGUACAGGGUCGAAAGGUCAGCAAGGUGGUCAAGAUGACUGUGGUGAGAGGCGAGAGGAUGGAGAAGCAGAGGGGUGACUCAUCACUGGCUGCAGAUCUCCCAUCAGCCCAAGAGGACUUUGAGAAGGCUUUGAGUUUUGUUGGAGGUUGUGGGAAGGUGCUCCUGCCUCAUGUGGUCGAGAGGGAGCUUGUGCAGGACAACGGUUCUGUGAUUAAAAGAAGUCAGAUGCGUAAGUCGCGGACCCAGAAGAGGACCGUGGUGAGGGAUGCCCAAGGGAAACACGUGCACCUGGAGCGUCUGGACGACACCCCAGAUGCCCUGCAGCCCGACGCCCUGCAGCAGCACCUGCAUCGAUUGCUUCAACGCUACUGCGAGGAGGAGGAGGAGGAGGAGGAGGAGGAGGAGGAGGAGGGGGGAACUGACUGAGCAGCUACUUCCACUGAUCCUCCUACAUCUUCCACAGAAACCUUCAGCGAUGUUCUCCCCCUUCUCUUGCGGUUUGUCGACAACCCAACGGCUGUUUGGCGCUUUAACAUGUUCUUUUGCUCCGAUUGUGACCAAAGAAAUCAGCCCCUUCAUUUCACUCGAUGUUCUCAGUGUUACCGUUACUUUUAUCCAUCGUUGUUCCUUCAAAAGGCAAGGGGGCAUCUCGCAUCUCACACCCGGGCUUCUUCUCAACGAACUCUUGUAAACAUUUGUACAUAAGGGGAAGGAUUGGACUGGAAGCGAUUUUAAAAAUGUAAAAGCAUUUAAUAUAUUAGCCCACAUAACCCUGCUGUCCAUCACUGAUCUAGCUGGAGAACGUGUUUGUGAAGCAGCGACGGAGGGAGAGUCGCUGAGCCGUGAAGCGAUCCUGUUUGAUCCCAUCCUCGUGAUGCAUCCGUCCUUUUUACGUGUCCGGUGUGACGUGCAUCCGCAUCUCAUUAUCGCAGAGCCACCCGUCUUUGUGUGUAAAUAGUGUGUUUCAUGAGAAGGAAAGCAGUCAUGAAGUGUUUCAGUGCUGAUUGGGCAACCCCCCCUCCCACACACACACACAGCACCUGGAUGGGUUCUGACCAACACACACACACACACACACGUGUCUCCUCACCUCCAACCACAAUCCCUAUAAAACAGCUGCUGGCCUGUUCAUCUCAGUGUCAACAGAAAGUGUUUCGACCGUGGAAUUAUGGUCUGCAUGUGUCGCUCUUACCUUGUAGACUGUUAGGCGUUUACCACAUCUACCCCGUCCGACCGAAAACAAGACGCAUGAAUAUUAAACAUCUACAGCCCGGUCACAUCAGCAGCUCCUCCUGGGCCUGCUGGAAGCUGCUGCAGGCUGACUGGUGGGUCUAGCACGUCCUGCCUCAGCUGCUGCCAGUCAUGGUGCACCCAGAGACCAAUCAGAACGAGCAGAAAACGGCAAUAAUGAAGUUUGUCCAAAUGAACACCGACGUAUUUCUAGUUUGUUCCCAUCUGAUGUUGAGUGAGCGGCUAAGUUAGAGUCUUGGUUUAUUAAAUGUCUCCUUGUUUCAGAGUCAUUUGGGUUCAUCAGCGCCAGUGCAGGUCCAUUUCAGAGCAGGUUCUGAUUCAUCUUCUGCAGGAACCAGUCCAGGUCAGGUCCAAAGGUCUGCCUGGUUUGGGUUCUUCACUGGUUUGUUGACACUAAGAGCAGAACAGGCUCCAGGAUCUAAUCUGGAAGGUUUUGGCCUCAGAUCUGCUUUGCUGUUAACUUUGGACGUUCUCAGCAUCUCUGUAGGAGAGGGGUGUCACAUUGAGGGAAAUCUAGUCCCAAGUGGGCCGGACCGGUGAAUUACAAACAACUUCAGAUUGUUUUCUUUGUUUUAGUACAAUCAAUAUAAAACAAGGCUGGAGCCUGAGGACAGCGUAUCCAAAAUAGUACAACACCUGAAGUGUACUUGAAAAUUUGAAAAAAGAAAAAAAAAAUCUAUAAAUUCAAAAAACAUUCCUUAGUGAUUCAAAGAGCUUACAGAUCACAUGGCUAGAUCAGUUUCAUGCAGCACUUAAAGUGUAUUUGACUCAUUUUACUUUACAUCUUUUAGCUUUCACCAGCACAUCAACAUCAGAAGUCACAUCCUGAGUGGCGGCCAACUUCAGGAUGUGAUUCAAGUUCUUGUGUGAGCCUUGAGGGCAGCUUUGUUUUAUUUAUACUCAUUACAGAGGAAACUUGCUCACAAAGAUACGUUUAUUUUCACUCUACAUGGUAAAGUAUGAAAAUAAAGUUUACACAACCAUCUCGCGGGCCGGAUUUAACCCGUUUGUGGGCCAGAUCCGGCCCGCGGGCCGCAUGUUUGACACCCCUGCUGUAGGAGAACUACCAUCAGGGCUUCAGUUAGCAUGUCUGUUCCCUCAUUCCCUUAUUGCUGUCUGUUUGUGACCCCUGUGUACUCCAGCAGCAGAGGCUGAAGGUGGUGUGUGUGUGUGUUUUUAGAAGGGUUAAGCGUGUUCAUGAUCCUUGCAUCAGUUUACUUUUAAGUGUAAUCCAGAGGAAGAACAAGAUCCAAAACACUUCAUUGAUUUGAUAAAUGAGCAUCUUGUUUCCAUGGUGAUAACACUAUUUACAUUUUAACAGUGAACAUAUCUAUGCGGGCAUGUAUGAUCAGGUAAUUACUAAAACAUAAACCCAGAACGCUAACGAGGCCUAGCAGCUGCAGUGUGCACACACACAAUAAAACUGUACAUGUGUGAAAAGGGAA